CCAGGCGAGUGAGGCCUGAGCGCGGAACGGCGUCAUGGGGAAGAAGGGGGAGCGGGGCGCCAAAGACAAGACCGCGGCUGCCUUGGAGGAAGAGGCCAGGAAUGCGGCCAAGAAGGCCGAGCACGGGGAAGAGGAGUACCAGUGCACGGGGAUCCUGGAGCAGGACUUCACGGAGCUCUGCACCCGCGCGGGAUUCCAAGAGAUCCCCAAGGUCCUGAUAAGACCCCACCCCCACUCUCUCACUGUCGUAGAGGAGCCCGACCCGCAAGCCGAGAGGGAAGGGCAGAGCCCCCUCAUGCAGAUCCAGUGGAAGUACGCCUACUUCCGCCCCGCCAUCCAGGUGGAACAGGAGCACGAAGACCCCAAGUCCACCCGGGAGAUCUUCAUCCGGAGCUGGAAGAUCGAAGAGAAGAUGCUGGCCAUCUUUGCCAAGUGCCUGCCGGCCCUCCCCCACCUCCAGGCAGUCCACCUCUGGAAGGUUGGUCUGACGGACGACACCUUCCUCUCGCUCCUCGCCAUCUUGACCAGCUGCAGCCCGCUCAAGACGCUGGCCUUGGAAGGCAACCCGCUGCCCCUUCGGUCGUUCUACAAGCUCGUUGCCGAAGAGACCACCUUGGCUCACCUCUCCCUGCGGAACAAUGACAUUGACGACGAGACGGCCUUCCUCAUGGGCCAGGCGCUCUCCUCACUCAAGGGCUCCAACAAGAACCUCGUCUCCAUCAACCUCAGCUACAACCACCUCACGGACGUGGGGGCCACCCACCUGGCCAACGGCUUGCGGCUCAACCGUUCGCUGCUCUCCUUGUCGUUGGCCCACAACCAGAUCGGAGACGAGGGAGCCAUGAAGCUGGCCGAGGUUCUGGGCCCCUUUGCCCUCACCCACACGGAGGUGGUGGAGCGUCGGCGUCUGCUGCUAGAGAAGGAGUGCCAGGAGCGAUGCCGUAUGCCAGCGAGGCACUCGGAGGCCAAGAACGAGCGGCCCUCCAGCCACGUGAGCAACACGGCCAUUGACAAGUUGCAAACGGCCAAGGCCACCAAAGCCACCGCCAAGAAGAAAGAACCUGCGAAGAAGGAGGAGAAGGGCCAGGGGAGCGGAGCGGCGGUUGUGCAAGCGGCAGCAGCGGCGGCGGCGGCGGCAGCCCAGGCCAAGAAGGAAGAUGCCAAGCAAGCCAAGAAAGCCGUACCCGCCGCCGACCAGAAGUCCGUUCGCGGCAAAGGAAUGAAAUCCGGCACCAAAGACAAGCGGACCCAAGUGCAAGAAGUGGAGGUGACGGAGCCCACCGAGAUGGUGAACCCGCUGCUAGAGCAAGCAGAGCACCGAGAGGGGAAAGUCUUCCUGCCGGGCAAUCGGGUUCUCAUCUACCUCAACCUCAUGCGCAACCAGGUCACAGAGGCCGGCUUGAAGGCCUUCCUGGCCACGGUGGAACAGCAGGCCAGUCGGGGGGCGCCUGGCGGCAAAGGGCCAAUGGGCCUCCUGCGCCUGGCGCUGGGGAAAAACGACUUCCCUGCAGAGAGCAAGACCUUUGCCAGGAUCCAAGAGCUGAUGGUUGCGCGGGACCCUCUUCCCAAGGCCGGGGCAGCGGCCAGGGCGGCCGACGAGGAGCUCGCCGCAGCGGUCUAGAGGCAGCCGCCCCUCUUAAACCAGCCACGGGACUGCAGGGGAAACAGGACCUUCCCGGAGAGCGGU